AGCAGUCGGAUCGGAAUUGGACUUGGGAGGCUAGGCGUGGAGUCAGACAUAAAACUUGGAGGGGAGUAACGAAUCUGCUCCUCUCACUCCCCUCCACCCCUGCGCUGCGCUUCAGGGGUUCCCACAGCCCUGCGAUUUAUUUUUAUAACAGCUUUUUAUACAGAAAGAAAUUUUAUAUAUAUAUACAUUUUUUUUUCUUCUUAAGAGAAAAUUCCUGUUUCAAGAGAAAAUAAGGCAAGAUCAAUGAAGGAGAGAAGAGCCAGCCAGAAAUUAUCCAGUAAAUCUAUCAUGGAUCCUAAUCAGAACGUGAAAUGCAAGAUAGUAGUGGUGGGAGAUAGUCAGUGUGGGAAAACCGCGCUGCUGCAUGUGUUCGCCAAGGACUGCUUUCCAGAGAAUUACGUACCUACAGUGUUUGAGAAUUACACGGCCAGUUUUGAAAUCGACACACAAAGAAUAGAAUUGAGCCUGUGGGACACUUCGGGUUCUCCCUACUAUGACAAUGUCCGACCCCUUUCUUACCCUGAUUCUGAUGCUGUGCUGAUUUGCUUUGAUAUUAGUAGACCAGAAACCCUGGACAGUGUCCUAAAAAAGUGGAAAGGUGAAAUCCAGGAGUUUUGUCCCAAUACCAAAAUGCUGUUGGUUGGCUGCAAGUCUGACCUCCGGACAGAUGUUAGUACAUUAGUAGAGCUCUCAAAUCACAGGCAGACGCCAGUGUCAUAUGACCAGGGGGCAAAUAUGGCCAAACAGAUUGGAGCAGCCACUUACAUUGAAUGCUCAUCUUUGCAGUCUGAAAAUAGCGUCAGAGACAUUUUUCACGUUGCUACCUUGGCGUGUGUAAACAAGACCAAUAAGAACGUUAAGCGUAACAAAUCACAGAGGGCUACAAAGCGGAUUUCACACAUGCCUAGCAGACCAGAACUCUCGUCAGUUGCUACGGACUUACGAAAGGACAAAGCCAAGAGUUGCACUGUGAUGUGAAUCUUCCGUAAUCCUUAAUGAGGACAAGGGAAUCUAGUGUAAAAAAACAUCAACAAAACAAAAAGGUGAAGUCUGAACAAAGUGCACCGCCCAAGUCCUGUAUACUGGAGGCUUAGGAGG